UAGAUGUGAUAAAGUCGGCCUGGGCCCCGCUCACUCGUCCUUGCCGGCCCGGUGGGGGCAUCUCCGGAUCAGCAUGAGGGAGUGCCUUUCCAUCCACAUUGGCCAAGCUGGCAUCCAGAUUGGGGAUGCUUGCUGGGAACUCUAUUGCCUGGAACAUGGAAUCCAGCCAGAUGGUGUUGUUCUCAACAGUAAAAAGGAUCAGCUGGAAAAUGCUAACAUGGAGCAUAUAGAUGCAUCUUUCAAUACCUUCUUUUGUGAGACGAGCACUGGGAAGCACGUGCCCCGAGCACUCUUCAUGGAUCUGGAGCCCACUGUUAUAGAUGGCAUUCGAGCUGGCCCGCGCCGUGCGCUCUUCCACCCAGAACAGCUGGUCAGUGGGAAGGAAGACGCUGCAAACAACUAUGCCCGCGGUCGCUACUCCGUGGGGUCAGGGAUCAUCGAUCUUGUGCUAGAGAGGAUCCGAAAGCUGGCAAAGCAGUGCAGUGGACUUCAGGGAUUUUUGGUUUUCCGAAGCUGUGGAGGAGGCACGGGGUCCGGAUUUACAUCCCUCCUAAUGGAGAAGCUCUCGAUGGAAUACAGCAGGAAGACGAAACUGGAGUUCUCUGUGUAUCCAGCCCCUAGGAUCUCCACUGCCAUAGUGGAGCCCUACAACUCCAUCCUCACCACGCAUUCCACCAUAGAGCACUCGGACUGUACCUUCUUGGUGGACAAUGAGGCCAUCUAUGACAUCUGCCACCAUAAACUUGGUGUCGAGUGUCCCUCUUACGCCAGCAUUAAUAGGCUCAUAGGUCAGGCAGUGUCUUCCAUCACUACUUCCCUCAGGUUUGAAGGGCCCUUGAAUGUGGACCUCAUUGAAUUCCAGACCAACCUGGUUCCUUAUCCGAGAAUACAUUUCCCCACGACAACCUUUGCCCCCAUCAUAUCCGCUGAGAGUGCCUACCGUGAGGAGCUCUCUGUGUGCGACAUCACUGCUGCUUGCUUUGACUUCUCCAACCAGCUGGUCAAGUGCAACCCUCGCCUGGGGAAGUACAUGGCCUGCUGUCUCCUCUACAGAGGGGACGUGGUCCCCAAAGAUGUGAAUUCAGCCAUUGCAGCCAUGAAGUCCAGGAACUCUGUGCAGUUUGUAGACUGGUGUCCAACUGGUUUCAAGGUAGGCAUCAACAGCCAGCCACCCACGGUGAUGCCAGGAGGGGACCUGGCCAAGGUCCAGCGGGCUGUGUGCAUGCUGAGCAAUAACACGGCUGUCGUGGAGGCCUGGGCCCGCCUGGACCACAAGUUUGACCUCAUGUAUGCCAAGAGGGCAUUUCUGCAUUGGUACACCAGAGAAGGCAUGGAGGAAGACGAGUUCUCAGAGGCCCGGGAAGACUUGGCUGCCCUGGAGAAGGAUUAUGAAGAAAUGGGGCGAAGUUUCUGAUGUAAACGUGGUCAGGGAGAAUGAGUGUUAGGUUGAAGUGUCAUGCUUUCUUUUCAAGACAUUAUCUAUUCUUGGUGGGUAGAGUUUCCCUGAUUGGAAGAAACUGGAAACCAAAUCAAGCAAGCCCCUAAGCUCCACACUACAUUGAAUAGGUCAGUAUCAACACUGAGCUCGGAUUUCCUUGUCUGCUAGUUCAGCGCAACUACCUGUGAACCUCCUACGUUUGGGGUCCUUUGAGCUUCUGGAUCCUGUCCAUGUUUCUUUUUUGUUUUUUUCUUUUUCUCCAAAUGGAAACCUAGCUUUAUUCUUUGCUUUUUCAACAAAAGACGAUGAAACCCUCAAGUCAGUGCUUUUGCUUUUCCUUUCCUGAAGUAUAAAACAGCACAUAAUAAUGUUAUUUCCCCCAUGGCUAUGUUUUGUACA